CGUCUUCGCCUUCUCCUUGUUGGGGGGCUAUCCUGGGUGUGGUUUCCCCUACCCCGGCCGUGAGCUCUAAAGGGAGGAGGCAGAGCAAAGCGGCUGCAGCGGGGCGGGCGUCGGUAGCACCGCGGCUCAUUGCGUGUCCGUUGGGGAGCGAGCUAAACGGCUGUUGCGCGCGCCCAUCCGCCCUGCGCUGGAUGGGCGCGUGCGCGUUUUUGCCGCGCCACUCCCCAAGGCUGAGGGCCUGAGGAUGGGGGGCGAGUGCGUGGGCUCGGCCGGUGUUGGGGGGAGUCUCGCUUGCUGCGGGUGCCGGGGUGUCCCGAGGGGAACGUGCCGAGAAACUUCUAACAGCCUCUCACUGUGUCUUCCUCCUCCGCCAUGCUCCCUCUGUUCCCUGUCGCCACCCCCCGCCCCGAAGUUAAAGAGAAGAGACCAGUAUGGUUGAAAACUCUCCAGCCCCAUUGCCAGAAAGGGCAAUAUAUGGAUUUGCUCUUUUCUUAGGAUCGUGGUUUGGCUUUAUCUUGUAUAUUAUCUGGGCAUAUGUUCCUGAGACUUGGCUGUUCUCGUUGGGACUAACAUACUGGCCACAAAAGUACUGGGCAGUUGCUUUGCCAGUGUACCUACUAGUUGCUGUAGGAAUUGGUUAUAUAUUACUUUUUGGUAUUAACAUGAUGAGUACAGCUCCACUUAACUCCACAGAUACCAUUACAGAUAACUAUGCAAAAAGGCAGCAGCAGAAGAAAUUUCAAGAAGAAGCAAUUCCAGCCCUGAGGGAUAUUUCCAUCAGUGAAGUAAACAGAAUGUUUUUCCUUCCUGAAAAAGGAAUCUGCAAUAGCAGAUAGUCAUUAUUGUGAUCUAUUUGAAUAACAGAUUCGUAGAAGUGUUACAUAAGGAAAAUUAAACUUCUCCAAGUUAUAAACCACAGUUUUUUUCUGCUUGUAAAACAAAGCUUUUUUUUUUCCCCUCUAAAUUUAUGGCAACACACUUCAUUGAGAUUAUUUUAUUUUAUUAUUAUACAUGCACCUUAAUAACCUGCAUUGGUAUGAGAAUUAUGCCACGUUAAUUUAUCUAACCAUUCUUGUGAGUUUAAAAUAGUAUUCUGUUGCUUAUAGAUUACUGCUUGUAAUUUCCCUCUGAGAGUGAAAGAAAUAGCUUUGGAGGUAGCUUGAUUCUGUUUCCCUUUUAAUUCAGGGAGAUAAAAUGUUUUUCAGUAGUCAAGUGUUUGAAAAUAUUUGGGUUUUACAAUGUACAUUAAAUUGAAGUGUUUACAUUGUAAAUAUACAGUUCUCAUUUGUAAAUAUCAAUAAAAUGUAACUAAUUUUUAUUUGUUCAAAGUUAGCCAUUUUUCUGUGGUGCUAUAUUUGUCCUGGGUAAAGGUGCAGCGAUUAGAGACGAUGCAUACCGGGAUGCAGACAGAAAUUCGCGCAGAGGCAGAGGUCUUGUUCAUGAAGGAGCGCAGAGCCUGGCCUAGCAGAGAGCUGACUUAGGCCUAGGCUAGCUUCUUUACUCACCAUUUACCAUUUUAUAGGAUUUACAGAUACAAGCAUGGACUAAGAUGUUUACACAAGGUGUUUUUCCACUAAUUGUUAUUAAAAACACAAUAAACUCAUGUGAUGUUUGUCUCA